AUAUUGGCAGCCGCGAUGUCAAACGAACUAAGCGAACUGAUCGCCCUCAGCUGCGCGGAUCUCACUGCCCGACCGGAGGGCAGUGGCCAGAUCCAGUUAAUUAUCGAUUCAGAGCGUCGCCUGAGCAUUAAGCAAAUGACGGCCACGGAGCUAGCCAAUCUUCGCGCCGCAGCUGCCGCCGAGGCCGAGGCACAGGCUCGUGCCCAAGCCGAGGCCAAGGCGCGCGCACUGGCCGAGGAGCAGGCGCGUCGGGCCGCUGAGAUAGAGGCGCAGGCGCGAGCACGAGCCGCUCUUGAAGCUGAGCAGCAGCUGCAUCGUGUCAUGGAGCGACAGCGGCUGGAAGCGGAGCAACAGAGGCAACAGGACGCCACACCGAGUCCAUCGCACAAGGGCCUUUUGCCGGCUGCUGAGGCGCCACGUGAUCGUCUCAUUUCACUGCCCAACAUUUUGGAUGAUGCAAUGGAAAUGCAUUUGAUGAACGCAGGCGAGGGCAAUGCCAUCUCUGGCGAUUCCUCGCCCACCAAGAGCAACUCGCACCUGGCCGACUCCAUUGAGUUGCUGCGCAUGCAGCGGGCAGCUCGAGCCGCACGCUCCCAUCAUCGCAGCCGCGAGCGCAGCACGUCGCCAGCAGAGCGAAACCACGAGAGAAGCGCUGCACCCGAACGCCUGCACAGCUCGAGCAUCAGCAGCAUGGACUCUGCGCCCGCCAGCGGCAGUGUAAGUGUCAGUCGCCGCGGCAGCAACGCCAGCGCCAUGAGCACUGAUCUAGCAGCGGAGCUGGCAGCGCCGUCUAAGUUUCCGCUGUCGAAGACGGUAUCGGCGCCAAACAUGAAUCGCCGCCGCAGUAGCUUAUCUGCGCUCUUUCCCGGCCCUGCACCGUUGGUGGCACCUGAACCGAUGCUACACACCAAUCCUGAGAUGCCGCCGGCAAGGGACGCACAACGUCCGGGUGGCCAGGAGGAUGGAUAUCGUGAAAUACCCAGCGGUAAAAUGGUGCAUCGCACAAAGACACCCCCGCCCGUGGGUGCCAAUUUGGGUGUGUGCCUCAAGCGGGUGACAGCCCCAAGCGGCUCGGUUACCAUCAAGCCCAAGGAUGCGCCUAUGCUGGGCGUAGUGCUGCGCAAAGUAGAGAAGAAGACGGCACCACAGAAGAGCGUGCUGGACGAUGACAAGCCCCUCUAUCACCUGUCCAUUGUGCGCAGCGAUAACAAGGAGUACAAGCCGGCGCCAAAGCCAAAGCCGAAGCCUGCACCGCCGGCGGCAAAGCCAUCGCCGGGUGGAAUUCUUACCGGGCCACAAGUGGUGCGGACCGUCAAUCGUCCGGCGGUUGUGGCCAAACCGCAGCGCCCACAACCAGGGGUGCCCAUAACCAUAACGAGAAUCGAGGGCGAUAAGAUUAUAAUAAUCAAAAAGAUAAUUGUGCCGAAGAACAGUAAGAUACCGGAACAGUAUCUGCAGGUUGUUGCUUAAAUGAGUCAAGAUGCUGGCAAAACCGCCGCCGUCAAAUCAGCCCAGCCGGAGGCACAGACUGCGCUUGCUGCCGCCACUGCCGCAUGCCCCAGCGUCGCAAUGAGACCAAAUGGGGACGCAUUUGUGUCGUCAUCUUCGUCGCCGUGCAUAAUGCAAAAACCAACGCCGCCGCCCGCGAGCGGCCAGCAGUUCUUUCAGGUCGUUUCGCCGCAGUUCGCGUCGGUGCUGUCGUCCAGCUUGCCGGAAACCAAAUGUGCGGUUCGCUCGCCCAUCUCUUCGCCGCUGGCGCCGCGCAAGAAUCGACCGCUGCUGCCAGCCAGUCCGAAGUCAACGCCGCCUCUGCCGCGCAAACACCAUCCAAUGGCAUACAAUGCGUCCACUGGCACCAUCACAACACCUGCGCGCCCUAUGGCCACCAUAGCCAGCAGUCCCGCCUCAAGUAUAUCGCUGUCAUCCUGCAGCUCGCCAUCAUCGUCGCCGCCACCGCCGGUGCCGUGCCGUGCGCCCAAGCAAAAGCCGGGUGCAGGCGGCAAAAAUGCUGGGGAAAUCGAUCUGGACAAGCUGCUGCAACAACAGCAACAGCUGGAGGAGAAGUCGGCCGCGGCCACCAGCAGCGCCAAGCUAGAUGCCAAUUUCUAUGACGCUGAGAUCGAGAUGAUGAACAAAUAUUUGAAGAGUCUGCCCGACUACAGUGAACUGGAUCGCAAGCUGCAUCAAGAGUUCCAGGAGUGUGAAGAUCUGUACGAUCGCCUCAAGCGCCAGCAGCAACAGCAACCACUAACCAAAUCCAACUCACAUCAAUCUGUGGCGCCUAAGAAGUCGCAGGCGUCUACGCCAAGCGGUGCCAGUGGCCUCUCCAAAUCAUCCUCCAUUAAUUUCGCCAACAACUUGACCUCCAAUCGGGCGACGCGGCUUGCCUAUCCUUCAAUCUUCGCCCAGGCGAACGCGAACGAGCAGCCCAAGCUGCAGCGUAGCAUAUCCAGCUCGAACAUGCCCAUGGGCACGCCCAGCUGUGGCCCAUUACGCUCACAAGGAGCGCCAAAGAAUGGCCUGCUUACUGACUCGAAUCUGUCGCUUAACAAGCAGCUGAUGAACGAUUUCUGGAGCGAGAACCUCUGCAGCUCACAGAAGCGUCAGACGCCGAAGCGCACGUUUUGGAACUAUGAGAAAAUCUGUGGCGCUCAGCUGGGCGAUGCUGGGCAGCCCUUCAAGGUGGAUGCCAAGACGGCCAAGAAGCUGGCCAUAUUCGAUCCCACGGUCGCCGAGGCGGCCCAGAAGGAGCUGCAAAAGCAGCAGCCGUCUCCGGCACAGCAGCCACACAACCAUCGCCUACAGAAGAACGCCUCGUUGUCGCACUUGGAUCUCAAGGUCAGACAGGCCGUCACCAAAGACGAUCUCUACAAGCUCAUCGUAUGCAACGAACAAUCGCCCACGUCGGCAACGGCGGCGACUACGACGCCUUUCACCAGCCGCGUGCCCGUCAAGCAACAGCUGCCGACGCAGCCGCUGGCAGCUGCUCAACAGCUUAACAAGAGCGUCUCCAUGACGCAUGUUUCCGGCAGUCCGGCGGCGCCUCUGCUGCGCAGUUCGAGUCGCACGCACAUACCCUGCUACAUGAAGCAUCUGCCCUCGCUCAGUCGCAGCACAUCCAACUCGGCAAUAUUGCUGCCCACAACAACGACUGGGACGGCGCAGGCGCGCAAGGAGCCGCCUGCAGUCAAGCAACAGCCAAAUCCAACGAGUAAACCGAAUGCUGGCGUGCUCAAAAGUUCCAGUAGCUCCUGUGUGCCGUCGCCGCGGUGUGCGGCCGCGCUCUUCCGCCGACCCACAGAGCCGGCCAAACAGGCGUCAACAGCUGUUGGGGCAGCUGCACCAGCGCUGGCCACGCCCAUUGCUGAGGCCUCUAACGAAACAAGCGCCUCGCUGGAGCGCAAGUCGGAGAAGAGCAACAGCACAAUCAGCAGCAGUAGCUUUACCGUGACCAACUGCUGCACCACCCAUCUGCCGCAGCUCUCAAAGUUUACCUCAUCCUUUCACAUACCCUCAACGCCAGCAGCAACUACCGCGACAAUAGCUACAGCAACAACAGCAACAGUUGCAGCAACAACAACAACAGGAGGAGGUGGAGGAGGAACAACAAGCUCAUCGGCAGCCACAAAGCGUCAAAAAGACGUCGACAACAAGCUAGAAAAAUGUUUAAAUGACAUGCUAAAGCUAAAGAGCAACAACAACAAUGCAACUGUGUCACAAUCGCUGACAGCUGAACACAAAGAAGAUGCUGCCGUCGUGAUCAAGAGCAGCAGCAGCAGCGGCAGCGGCGCCGGCAAAUUUGCCAGCGAAUCGCAGAUACCCGUGCCAGUGCAGCUGUACGAUCCGCAGAAGCCGCUAAUGCAGCAGCAACAGCAACAAAGGAUGGCCUAUCCCAUAGGCAAAUCCAACUCAACCUCUCAGCUGCCCAUGGGCUAUCAACGUCUACUGCAGCAGCAACAACAACAGCAGCAGCAACAACAACAACAGCAGCAGCAGCAGCCACAGAAUUAUCCGCAGCAAAAGCGUCCAUUCUUAAACUGGAACUCAUUUGCCUGUUCGGUGAUGAAUGGCAGCAGCGAUCCCUUCCAGCAACACCAGCAGCAGCAACAGCAAUAUCAGCCCCACAAGCUGGAGCAAUCCUAUUCCUCCUCGCACCUGGCCAAGCAGGCACCCAAGCCCAGCUCCGGCUUGGCCAUGUUCAUGCACAAGAACACCAACAAGGAGAACAAAUUUGGACAGCCAGUGCAUCAGCAGCAGCCGCAACCAGCUGGCAUGGCUCCACAGAUGUACGGCAGCAGCUACCAGGCGCUGAUCAAUGCGAAGCCCGUUUAUCCACGCGCCGGCGCUGCGCCGCUGACCCAUUCGGCAUCCUUCAGCGCCGCACAGCGACCCAGCAUGAUGCAGCCGCAUAAUUUUGGAAUCGGCAUGAUGAGUCGCAACUACUAUAAUCUGCCCAAGCAACAGCAGCCGCACGAGCGUAAGCCGUUGCAGACCUUCGAUCCGUAUGCGUAUCUGAAGCCCAGUCAGAGCCAGGUGAUGCAGCCGGUCAAGUACCAGGGGCAGCCCCAGCCUCAGCCUCAACCACAUCCGCAUAAGCAGUUUAUCAAUGCUUCCGCUUCGACGUCUGGCGGUGGCGGUGCGACGCUUCAAUACGAUCCGAAUACAAAUACGCAAUUGUUUUAUGGCCCGCUGCCGCCUGCAUCAGCGGGCAUGCAACCGCAGGCAGCGCAGCAACCACAGCAACACCAUCAUCAGCAACAGCAGCAACAACAGCAGCAACAACAACAACAGUCACUACAAAGCAAUUCUGUCAUAUUCAGCCACUCAAAACAACAACAACAACAACAACAACAACAACAACAGCAGCAGCAGCAAAUUGAAAUGUCCAAGUCCGCUCUGGGCCUGCAUUUCAUCGAGACAGCAAAGCCCGUCAUUCAAGAUGAUGCUGAUGGUCACUUAAUUUACCACAACGGAGACAUUCUCCAUCACAGAUAUAAGAUCAUGGCCACACUGGGCGAAGGCACUUUCGGACGUGUGGUCAAGGUCAAAGACAUGGAGCGUGAUUUUUGCAUGGCCCUGAAGAUUAUCAAGAAUGUUGAGAAAUAUCGCGAGGCUGCCAAGCUGGAGAUCAAUGCCUUGGAGAAGAUAGCACAGAAAGAUCCGCAUGGUGAUCACCUGUGCGUCAAAAUGAUUGACUGGUUUGAUUACCAUGGACAUAUGUGCAUAGUUUUUGAAAUGCUGGGACUGAGUGUUUUCGAUUUUUUGCGCGAGAACAACUAUGAGCCGUACUCUCUGGACCAAGUGCGCCACAUGGCCUAUCAAUUAUGCUACUCUGUCAAGUUUCUGCAUGACAAUCGUUUAACCCACACAGAUCUCAAGCCGGAGAAUAUACUGUUUGUUGAUUCGGAUUACACGUCUCACUAUAAUCAUAAAAUUAAUCGCGAAGUGCGCCGCGUCAAGAGCACAGACGUGCGCCUAAUUGACUUUGGUUCGGCCACUUUUGAUCAUGAACACCAUAGCACAAUUGUCUCGACGCGCCAUUAUCGCGCGCCGGAGGUCAUACUGGAGCUUGGCUGGUCACAGCCCUGUGAUGUUUGGUCCAUCGGUUGCAUUCUCUUUGAGCUGUAUUUGGGCAUCACGCUAUUCCAGACGCAUGACAAUCGCGAGCAUCUGGCCAUGAUGGAGCGCAUCUUGGGACAAAUUCCAUAUCGCAUGGCACGCAAUCACACUCUUUACAGCAAAACCAAAACAAAGUACUUCUAUCAUGGUAAGUUAGAUUGGGAUGAGAAGUCCAGCGCAGGACGUUAUGUGCGCGAUCAUUGCAAGCCCUUGUUCCUCUGUCAACUGAGCGACACCGAGGAUCACUGCGAGCUGUUCAGCUUGAUUAAAAAGAUGCUGGAGUACGAGCCCUCGUCGCGCAUCACGUUAGGUGAGGCCCUGCGACAUCCGUUCUUUGACAGGUUGCCACCGCAUCAGCGGGUUGGUGAAACGGGCAUCAGCAAGCAGCCCCUCUCGUCCGGAAGCAGCAGCCGUGAGCGCUCGCACAGUCUGUCCAGAUGAGAAUUACAGCGAUUUGGUUAUUGUUGACAGCAGCAACAACGUUAAUCAAGCACACAACUACAAAUAUGCGUACACACACACAAUGAGAACAGUCAUCAAUCAAUGUAAUCCAACAUUAUUGAGCAGCAGAGCGCAGCGGAGAGCAGCAAACAAUAACAACUACAACUACAAUAAUAUUAAUAUAUUAAUGGCGAACCUUAAUUUAAGUUCUAAAGUCUUAUUUAGAAAUUUUGUAACUUGACUUGUAUGGAAGACAAUUUCUACACAAAUAACCCAAUCGAUUAGUAAAUAUUGUGUGCCUGCUGCACGCGCUGCUCCAUUAGAUCCUGUGCAUUGUCUCAUCCAUCAGCCAAUCGUGUUUUGUUUUGUAAUGAUAACCAAAUCGUGCAUAAUAUUGAUAAUGCGUCCUCCUCUCCCGAUACAGACGCCGCCAACCUAAAUGUAAAUGCCACAGAAGUGUGCACAGUCUUACCUUGAGAUAAAAAAUAGAUCUUCAAACACGACUGCAAUGUUUAAAGAAAAUAUAUAUAAAAAAGAAAAAAAAAAAAGCUACAAUUGUAAAUGUAAUACAUGUAUAAGAAAAUCGAUAAAGCGCUAGUUGAAAUGCAGCUCCAUGUGCAAGCUGUCAUUUGCCAUGGACUUGCUUAUAAUCUGUAAUUAAUUUACUAUUUUUCGAGUGCGUGAGAUGUAAGCUAAUGCAAGCCAUUACACACACACCCAUAGCUAAACCCUUAAAUCGAUAUCAUAUGUAAAGAUCAAUUAUUAUGACGCCUCCGGAGAGGGUCCACAAAAAAGAACAAAAAGCAAACGCAGCGUUUGUUUUUAUAUAAAUUAUGUAGCAGCCAGAACCAUUUUCUCUUAGGAUAUGUUUAAUGUCUAGAAUCGGCGCUGUUUGUUUAGUUUAUUUUCGUCAACAUACACCCAAACACACCCACACCAAUACAUAUACACAUAUAUUUAUAUGAAAAGAGCACUGGCAAGUGGGGAAUGCGAGAAGUAUAUAGAUACAUAUACUUAAAAUACUUAAUUCAAAUGAUUGUGAGUUAGUUUAAUAUUACAUAAAUAUUAAUUAUUACAUUAUUUGCAAUUAAUUAACCCGGUCUACCAGCAUAUAAGAUCUACGAAAAAAAAAAUACAACUAUUAUUGUCAAGUUAUUUAAACUGAAAUAAAUUUU